AUGAAGCUGGUUGCUGUCUUCCUGCUGGUGACCCUGAGCAUUUGCAGUUACUCUGCUAGUGCCUUCCUCAUCAACAGUUUGCCCCUCCCUGUCAAAGAUGUUGUACCUCCCUUACCUCUGGACAACGUUCUUCCCCUCGUGGAUCCAUUAAAGCUUCUUCUGAAAACUUUGGGCAUUUCGGUUGAGCACCUUGUGGAAGGACUAAGGAAGUGUGUGGAUGAACUGGGACCAGAGGCUUCUGAAGCUGUGAAGAAACUGCUGGAGGCCCUGUCACACUUGGUAUGAUAGCAGGAUAAAGCAAGAGCAGAGGUGGAGGUAGAAGGAAGAUGGUGCUCAUAUCCUAUGGCUGAAACUCAUUUCUAUCCAAAUAUAGACUAAGCAUUCUAAAAUGUAGUGACCUCUGCAAAGAAUGAAUAAAGCAAUUCAACAUAUUUUCAGUUUGUCCUAAUUUUAUUUCUGGGGGACCUAUUGUUAUAAUGAUAACUGGGCAUUUUAAGUAAGACUUAUACUCAUUCCUUCCCCUCUCCUUAGGAGUCUCCAGGUUAAGCACUUGGCUAUUAGCCAAAGGUUGGUGGUUCAAACUCACCCAGAGGCACCUAGUGAGACAGGCCAAGUGACCUUCUUCUGAAAGGUCACAGCCAUGAAAACCCUACAGAGUACA